CUUACUUUAUUUUAUUAUAUUUUAGAGCCUCGUGCUUUAACUUUUUGUUGAUGAAUAUUUGAAAUGAGUGAUAAUGACGAUGUUAGCGCGUCUAUUGCGCAUAUUGUGUUGUGCUGUGUUGCCGGCCAAGGGCUUAGCCGCAUGCAUACCCGAGGUUUCACGCACCCGGGUAUGCACGCAAACUUCUUCAUACACGGAAUAUUGGGAUUUUUACACUACCAAAGCGGGAAGUUCAACAAUGAUUUCAAAUCAGCCUACGCUAUCAGUUACGCGGCAUCCAAAUAUUUAGCGCUACCAUGUUUGAACGCUGAUUUGUAUCGUGGUGACCAGAGUUUGAGUAGUAUCCAUCUUGUCUCGGGUUUAAUUCCAUUCACUAUGGCGUUGGCGGGAAUUGACAAUGUACAUCUUGGAAAUCUUGUAAUUGCGUGUAAUAUCGUAUCUUUGUGCUUGUAUUCUCAUAAAUAUGAAAGGAUUUGGGGCUGGUAUACAGCAGGCUCGGCGGUAUUGGCUUAUUUUGUGACCACGUCUGCAGCUAAACGCGUGUCGUAUCCGUUAUGUUUAGCGCUCAUGGAGUAUUGCGCGAAUAGAGUAUUUCAUAUUCAUUUUGCAGCGCCUUGA